GGGAGGGCCAGCGGGUGGGCGGGGGCGGCCGCUGCUGCCGUGGGAACCGGGCUGCCUCGACUCUGCUAUCCCUUACUGGGCAAUCCUUCGAAGCAUCUCGGUCUGGCUGCUCCGGGUCUCUUAGCGGCCUAGGAGGCGUCAUCCUUUCUCCCUACAGAGCCUCUGAGGCGGCGAGGCGGCAUCCACAGCUGUCCACGCCAGAGCAUCCGCUGUCCACCAGCGGAGCACAGGCCAUCAAAGCCGAAUUUGAACUUGAAUUCUGUACGGCUGAUUGCGGAGCUGGACCGGGAUCUGCAACCCGCGUGGACAGGUCGACUUAGCCCCGGAGCAAGCUCUCUCACCGAAGCACCUGUUGCGGAGGCUGAACGGGAAAUAAAGUUCCUAUUGAGAUACAAGAAAGGCAGAGCUCGGGAACGUUGCUUUGGGGGUUUCGCCUGCAGAUUAGACUUUUCUAAAAAGCCUGAGCAUUUUGUUAUAUUCAGAUAGACGAUCAUCAUCGUCUGUCAUGGCUAGCAUCAUUGCACGUGUGGGUAAUAGCCGGUGGCAGAACACAUCCUUGCCACCUUGGGCCCAUUCCAUGUUGAGGUCCCUGGGGAGGAGUCUUGGUCCUUUAAGGGUCAAUAUGGCCGAAAGAAACGUGAAGUUUUUCUCCGGAAGGGUGGUGCCAGCCCAAGGGGAAGACACCUUUGAAAACUGGCUGAUCCAAGUCAGUGGGAUCCUGCCAGAUUGGAAUAUGUCUGAGAAGGAAAAGCUCAAGCGCUUGCUGAAAACUCUGAGGGGCCCCGCGCGAGAGGUCAUGCGUUUGCUGCAGGCGGCCAACCCCAACCUAAGUGUGGCAGAUUUCUUGCGCGCCAUGAAAUUGGUGUUUGGGGAGUCUAAAAGCAGUGUCACUGCCCAUGGGAAAUUUUUUAACACUUUGCAGGCACAAGGGGAGAAAGCCUCUCUUUAUGUGAUCCGUUUAGAGAUGCAGCUCCAGAAUGCUAUUCAGGCAGGGAUCAUAGCUCAGAAAGAUGCAAACCAGACUUGCUUGCACCAGCUUCUUUUAGGGGCUGAACUGAAUGCGGACCUGCGCUUUAGGCUGAAGAAUUUUCUCAGGAUUUAUGCAGAUGAUCCAGAGCAUCUUCCCAAUUUCCUGGAGUUAAUCAAGAUGAUAAGGGAGGAAGAGGAUUGGGAUGACACUUUUAUGAAACGGAAGCGGCCCAAAAGAUCUGAGCUAAUCAUGGAGAGGACAGCAAGCCCUGUAGCAUUUCAGGACCCCCAGCCAAAAGCCAUCAGCAGUGCUGAUUGCAACGUGAUAGAGAUAGAUGAUACCCUCAAUGACUCAGAUGAGGAUGUGAUCCUGGUGGACUCUCAGAACCCUCUACUGACAUCCAUUGGUGACCCUCCCCUUAGAGUCAGGGCCAGACCUCAGGAUCACGUACUGGUCAUUGAUUCCCCAAACAGUUCCCGGGCUCAAUCUCCUAUCAGCGGUGGUUCUGGGUAUAAGAAUGAUAGUCCUGGGGAUAUACGGAGAGCCAGAAAGAGAAAAUAUGCAAUCCACUGUUCAUAUUGUGGUGAAGAGGGCCAUUCAAAGGAAACUUGUGAUGAGAGCAGCAGGGCCCAGGGGUUUGAGAAUCUAAUCAUUACCCUGCAGGAGCUGACCCAUACUGAAGAGGAGAGGUUAAAAAAGGUUCCUGGCAGACACAAUGACCUCUCUGAGCCAAAGUAAGGUGCUAGACCAGCCCUAAGUAAACCCAUAACUGUAUUCAGAGACUGGUGAUAGGGAAAACAGGGGUGGUGGGGUGGUGGGGGAGGCUUUGCAUGAAUUUAUCCACAAAGUGGCUUUCUUUGGAGAAGAGGUUAUGUAUACCAGCAAAGUGGAAAGAAUGGCCUGACCUCUGUCCCUGCUCCCUCCUCCAUCUGCCUAAGUGUCUAUUCUCUUGAUGUGUCUGUGUCUAUUUCCUUGAUGACUUUAUUCUUUUUAUGGAAGGAGUAUAACUCAUUGUUAAACCUUCAAAAAGUGAAGGAAAAAACAAAAACUAAAGUACACAUUACCUGAAACUGUCCACCCUUGUAUAACCAGUCAGUCCUUGGAUGAAUGUCCUAAAUAUUUCCCUCUUCUUGUGUACCCAGAAAGAUAUAUGUAUAGAUAAAAGUGAUCAAAUAUAAGUGCUGUUCUAUACUGUGUAUAUUUUCACCAAAUAAUAUAUGUUGUGGAUUCCUAUGUCAAUUAAUAUAUGUAAGCAUCAAGUUUAAUGUCUCUG